AUGGCCGCCUUCGUGAGGGUUUCCGGUCCCCCCAACAGCAGCUUUCUUGUCGGUUACCCUGGCAUUUCUGCGACGCUGCCCCGAGUCGAAGGCAAAGUCGAAAUCCGGCCCUCCCAGGGCUACUCCAUGCCCGUUCCCAUUUCGUUGGUGCGCAUAUGCCUACAGAGGAGAGAAACGAUACACCCCGCCGCCGAGAAUGUCGCAAAGAGACACCUGGGUACGCCGAGAAGGGAGACGACAGAUGUGGUCGGUAAAGAGCUGUUGUUAUUCAGAUGCCAGUCAGGGAAAGAGGCCGAGAGCGUCAUCGCGAUGGACUUGCCCUUCGUCCUGUUUAUACCGUUUGGGAGGGGCGGCGAGGAGACGAACCGACGAAUACCCCCCGCAUCACUACAACUACCAAGCCGAACGGCCGAAACAUACUACGAGCUGGUCGUAACAGUGCAACAAGGCCACACGCUACAAAACAAAUACUCUUUCCCCAUACCGCUGCAGCGAUACGACACCUUAUCAACCUUUGGCAUGUACAACAAGCCCGAAUCGAGGCAAGUUAGCGACGCAAGCGUCGUAACGCUGGGCAUCUCCGUUCCCAAGUGGAGCUAUGGACCUCUCGACCCAAUAACGGUUUAUAUUAAACUAGUACCAAACCCAGACUGGAUGAAGAAAGCGUUAAAAGUCACGAUUCAAAAGAUCACCGUCGCCAUCGAGGAAGAGAUUACCUACAACCCGGAAGGCGACGAGCCGUCGAAGAAGGUUAACAAGAUUGCGAAGAACCAACAAGUGGUAAAUACGAGAAUGCCCGAGGCUGGGUACGCUACAAACUUGGGACUAGUGUUCCCCUCCAAGGACUUGCGCGACCCGGAUGGCAUUAUUCGCAGAGGGAAGCCAGCAUUUCCGCUUUACGAAGUCACAUCCUUCACGACGAGCUCAACAUUAUACAAAAUUGAGUUCUUCUUGACUGUCAAGGCGCAACUCAGCUCUACGAAGGAUCUCACAGUUAGACAACCGUUGGUCAUUUGCCCGAUGGACCAGCAAGCAUGCAAGGAGGAGAUGGACGCCAUUGAGCAGGCCGCGAAAGAUGCGUCGCAUGUUGACCCCAACAACCCCAUGCUGCCGGCACGAUUAAUCGUCCUCUCAAAUGAUCGAGAAUCAUUAAAGACCCUGGGUUUGUGCUUGGUGGCAGGACAAAAGAAGCCGUUGAUUGAGUGA